AUGAGUGAAAUGUCCAGCAUUGAUGUUGGGGACGUUUUGCGUCUCAUGCUCCAGGCGAGAGCGACAGACACUAUCGAUACUCUGAGCAGCUUGGAUGGUAGCAACGAACGCCGACGAAAGGUCAUCGAAAGCAUACUGUUCUCCCGCAGAUUUAUCGUAGUCUACAACGUUGUACUUGUAGGGCUAUUGGUAUGUUUCACGGCUUGGUACUGGGGUUCUAUGGUUGCUAGACUCCGACGACGUAGGCGUGCUUUCUCUCGUCCGCCACCCGGUCAACCUACAGCUUCGAGCCAGGGCCGCAAAGACGACAAUGAAGGCGAAACGUCACCACUCAUCAGUCAAGGCAAGGUCCAUGUUGACCGUCCUAGGAGUGUCUCGGCGCUUGCUCAGACCCGGGCUUGGUUGAUGUACCAGCCUCCCAACAUACCAUACAUCCACAAAGUUCUUCCUUCCAACACCACCACUAUUGGUAUCCUGAUCCUGCUUGGCAUCAACUUGUUCUUCCUGCUCUACAAAGUUGAGCUGUCGGUCGCUACGGCGUUUACAUUUGCCGAUCGAGCUGGCCUGCUAUUUGUGGCUAACCUGCCACUUCUGUACCUUCUUGCGGCAAAAAACCAGCCAUUCAAACUACUUACUGAUGCUUCGUAUGAAUGUCUUAAUAUUCUCCACCGUCGGCUAGGCGAAUGGAUGUGUUUGCUUGCCCUCUUACACGCUGGUAGCAUGGUUCUGGUCUGGUAUACGACACUCUCAACUCGUCUCAGCUUUUCGAGAUUUCUCGCCUUGCCCAUCAUCUGGCUCGGAUUUCUUGCAUUCCUCUCUUACGAGACACUGUAUCUUUCCUCGCUCGGUUCGUUCAGGAAGAGGUGCUACGAAGUAUUCCUCGGGCUCCACAUCAUCCUUCAGGUCACUGCGCUCGCCUUCCUAUGGUUCCAUCACCACAAUAGCCAAACCUACGUGCUGGUGGCCUUGGGCAUAUUUGCAGUGGAUCGCCUCAUAUUUAGACUACUUCUCAAGUCAAGAACAGUCAAAGCUCAUCUGUCGGUCUUGCAAGACGAGGAGACUGUGAUGUUAAGUUCAAACUGGCAAUUACCUCGUUCUCCUUGGUGGAGAUCUUUUGGCAUCAAGGAGGGAUGGAAGCCUGCCGAACACGUCUUCCUCACAGUACCAGCCUUGUCACACAAACAUUUCGUGCAAGCACAUCCUUUUACCAUCGCUUCUGCUGCUCCUAUCAGCGCUGACUCACAUGCCUGGCUCAACUUUCUGAUAAGAGCUCAGGAUGGCUUCUCGCGAGAUCUCCUCCGCUACGCAAAACUCCAUAGCUCUGUGAAGAUCCGUGUAGACGGUCCCUAUGGAUCGUCACACGCCCUGGACACGCUUCGGGAUAACGAAGUUGCUGUUAUCGUGGCUGGUGGUUCAGGUAUCGCUGUAGCCUUCCCUCUUGUCUGGAGUCUGCUUACCGCAUCUUCACGGGAUCCGGAGCCUGAAAGCAAUAUGCAACCUAAGCCUCGAGUGUCCCUAAUCUGGGUAGUUCACGACAAAGAGCAUAUUGACUGGAUCCCGCAAGAUAGGCUCGAUGAGCUACGCGAACUCGGCUGUAACAUCAUGAUACCUCCACCAACACGCAAAGCUGGAAGGCCAGAUCUACCACACCUUCUCGAAACUGCCGUGAAUGCAUGGAGUCAUGAGAUCGCAGAUCCUACAAUUGGUGUAGUUGUGGCAGGACCAGACGGCAUGAACAGAAGCUGUAGGAAUGCAUGUGCUAGUCUUGUGAGUCAGGGUGCUCAGUUGGAGAUCUCGGUGGAGAAAUUCGGUUGGUGA